AUGGUGGAUUUUCCAGGAUACAGUCUAUCUGGUGCAGUUGCCUCCUUCUUCUUUGUAUCGCUCACCAUGAAGCAGUCAGACUUUAGAGUGAUUGAUCCUGCCCGUCCUAUCCUGGCUGGGGUUGGAGAAGAUGCCCUACUAACCUGUCAACUCCUCCCCAAGAGGACCGCGAUACACAUGGAGGUGAGGGGGUACUACUCAGAGCCCAGCCCACAUGUGUUGUUUGCAUACCUGAAUGGAGCUGAGGUGACUGAGAUGCAGAUGGAGGAGUACAGAGGCCGAGUAGAGUGGAUAGAGGACGACAUUGCCAAGGGAAGCGUGGCUCUGAAGAUGUACAACAUCUGACCAUCUGAUAAUGAGCAAUACUGGUACCAUUUCCAAGAGGGGAACUAUUGUGGAGAAACAAACUUUCUGCUCAAAGUAGCGGGCUGGGGAACAAGUAUAUCCAUGGAAGGAUCUGUAGAAAGUGGAGUCCAGCUUGUGUGUACUGCAAAAGGCUGGUUUCCAGAGCCCCAAGUUUAUUGGGAAGACAUUACAGGAAAGAAGCUUCUGGCUAUCUCUGAGUAUCACUUCCAAGAUAAAGAUGGCCUGUUCUAUGUGGAAGCCAUGCUUAUGGUUAGGAAUGCCUCUGCAGAAAAUGUAUCCUGCUUCAUCCACAGCCCUGUCUUCACUGAGGAGAAGGGUGUUCUCGUUCUUUUUCCAGAGAAACUCCAGAGUGAGUUGGCUUCCUUAAAAGUGAUUAGACCUUCCCAGCCCAUCCUUGUCAGAGUGGGAGAAGACAUAGAAUUAACCUGUUACCUGUCCCCAAAAGCUAAUGCACAGAGCAUAGAGGUGAGGUGGGUCUGAUCUCACCAUUAUCCUGCUGUUUAUAUGUAUAUGGAUGGGGACCAUGUGGCUGGAGAGCAAAUGGCAGAAUAUAGAGGGAGGACAGCAUUGGUGACUGAUGCCAUUGAUGAGGGAAAACUAACCCUACAGAUACACAAUGCCAGAACUUCAGAUGAUGAGCAGUACCUUUUUGAAAACGAUGGUGUCUACCAGGCAGCCAGUUUGGAUCUGAACAUAAUAGAGCUGGAUUCUUCCCCACUGAUCACCAUGGAGAGACUGAAGAAUGGAGAAAAACAGCUGAUGUGUACUCCAGAAGGGUGGUUCCCACAGCCCCAUGUGCAGAGGAGGGACAUGGAAGAAAAGACAACACCAUCAGUUUCAGAGGUCCUGACUCAAGGCGGCCAGGGACUGUUCCAAGUGGAGGCGUUUCUGUUGGUCACAAACAUCUCUGUUAUGUAUGUGACUUGUGCCAUCAACCCCCUUCUUGGCAAGGAGAAAAUGGCAACUUUUUCUCUCUCAGAUUGGUGA